GCAAUGCUCCACCACAGAAUCCCCCAAUGUAUUUGAUAGUUUAUGUACAUUACUGCAAUGUUGUUUUCUAUGCAUGUUAUGGUUAUGGUUGUCUCAGACAAGUUCUUACAAAAAUAAUGCAAAAUGGGUAGGCAUGGUGAGCGGAAAAAAGCAAAAACACGAGGCAAGGCGAAACAAGCAGCUUCUAAGUCAAGUUCUUCGUCAGAAGAGGAAUGGGUUGAAGUUGAAGAUUUAAGAAACAAAUCUGAAGGUAAAAAGUUAGAGCCAACUUUUAUUUCGGAAGGAUCCCAAAAAAGAGAAAAUUGGAUGGAUUUGCCUACAUCAUUCACCAGUAUUUCCAAUAUUGACCGUCAAAAACAGAGAAAUCAGGAGAAAAAAAAUCAAGAAGGGUUGAAACAAUAUGACCCAAGUAAAAGCUCAAGAGAAUUAAAUCCCUAUUGGAAACAUGGUGGUGAUGGUCUUCCUAAAUUCAAAAAGCCAAAGGAAGAUGAGGGUAACUUGGUUCAUACAAGGAAUGAAUUAAGACGGACAUCAAAUUGGAAAAAAACAAAUGUAUCAAAGUCAGAAAUAAAAGCAAAUGAAUAUUCUAAUCCCACUUGUAGUAAAUCAGAUUUGGGUAAUAAUGACAUUACUUCUGAGACUGAAUUAAAUUUAUUAGCUGGGAAGCUCGUUAAAGCUGAAAUCAUGGGCAACAUCACACUUGUGGCUGAAUUAACAGCAAAACUGGAUAAAGCAAGAAAGGCUAUUGAAUUGGCAAAAUCAGAGGAAAAGUAUGAAGGUGUUUUACUAACAAAGACUGAUUCUCAGGGAAGGUCACAGCCACUGAAAUUUAAGUCAGAUUUGAAAAAUUCAAGUGUCAAACAUAAGAAAAGGAAAAUUGAAACCCACAAAAAUAAUGAACGGGUUAAGUAUUUUGCAGAUGAUGAUAAUUAUUCUUUAAAAGAAAUGUUCGAGGAGGAAAAAUAUAACAUGCCUAAUGAUCACAAUAAGGAUUUUGUGGAGAUAUAUAGCAAAGUCCGUAAAAAUGAUGAUUUAGAUAAUUUAUUUGUUGAUACAAUUAGAAGGAAGAAAUCAGAUUUGAAAUCUGAUGCAGCCAAUAAUAGUAGAGCUAUAAUUGAACAUCAAAAGAUGGAGACAAAGCUUGAUAAUUGUACUCUGUGCAUUCAAUCAAAGCAGAGUCAAAACCAUUUAAUUGUCUCCAUGGGAGAGUAUGCUUAUUUAAGUUUGCCUGCUUAUGAACCUUUAACAACAGGACACUGCUUCUUAGUUCCCAUUCGACAUGUUAGCUGUUCUACCCAUGCAGAUGAAAAUGAGUGGGCAGAGUUAAUGAAUUUCAGAAAAGCCCUUGUGAGAUAUUUUGAGACAAAAAAUAAAAAAACGGUAUUUUUUGAAUGUUCCAUGAUGUUUCACAAACAUCCUCACAUGGUGAUUGAAUGUAUUCCAAUAUCAAAAGAACAUGCAGAUAUGGCUCCAAUGUACUUCAAAAAAGCCAUUGAUGAAUCAGAAACUGAUUGGGCCCAAAACAAGAAGUUAGUGUCAUUAAAAGGCAGGGAUGUCAGAAAAGCAAUACCUAAGGGUUUGCCUUACUUUUUUGUUUCUUUUGGCCUUGAAGAGGGUUAUGCCCACGUUAUUGAAGAUGAAAGGAUAUUUCCAAAGAAUUUUGCGCAAGAAAUUAUUGGAGGAAUGUUAGAUUUACAUCACAGCAAGUGGCUGAAACCCAAGAGACAAAUGUUUAAGGAUCAAAGUGAUAGAGUUGUGCAGUUUUCUAAUGAGUGGAAAGAAUUUGAUUGUACUAAAAAUUAAAUUUAAAUACAUAGAAUGUAUGUAAAUAUAUGAGACAGGUAAAACACAAUCCUAGAGUAAAAUUUUGCGCCAUGCCAUGCCUGAAAGAUUGGUUUACCAUUACAUUAAACAAAAGCAGAAUUAAAAAUUAUGAAAUUUUAAGAAUUUAAUAAAAAUUGAGAUGUAUGGUUAUGGUCUGCAUACUGUAAAUUAAAUAAAAAAAGAUAGAAAAAAUAAAGGAGGUAUUUGUGACUAUCAUGUCCUACAAGAUUGAAAUUCAGAAAGACAAGGCAUUAUUGUAAAAUAAGGUGUCUAGGAUCAAGCAUUGACUGAAGAGGCAGAAAAAAACUUACAGAUUUAUCUUGU